AUGGGGAAGGGUUUCCAAAACUUUAUGUCCAAAAAGGACUUCCAUCCAAGCGCUUGGUGGAAUUUGAAGAGGGUCUGGGAAGUUCGUCAACAAAAAGCGAUUGAUGAUAAACGACAAGAGGAUCUUCGUGUUCAGUAUGAGAAAGAACAGGAAAUGCUCAACAACAAAGCUCUUCUGGGUGAUGAAAAGGCAAAAAUGGGCUUGUCCUUCAUGUAUGAUGCUCCAGCAGGAAUGACUAAAAGGGAAGAACCGAAGGAAGAGCCAAAAUUCGAGUGGCAACGCAAGUAUCAUGCACCUCGUGAAGAAUGGGCCAAGGAUAAUCAGGAUAUCCAGGAUCAGCCAUUCGGUAUUCAGGUACGCAACGUGCGUUGUUGCAAAUGCCACAAAUGGGGCCACUUGAACACUGACAAUGAGUGUCCCCUGUAUGGAAUGAGUGGGAAUUUUGAAGACGCUGGAUGUAAGUUUUCCAUAGGCCUAAUGUGUUGCUUCAGGAAACUUAUUGGUGGCCGCAGUGGAAAUGGAAAAGAAGAUAAGAAAAAGAAAAAGAAAGAGAAGAGGGAGAAGAAGAAAAAAAGCAAAGGGAAAAAGGAGAAGAAAAACCAUGAUGUUAAAAUGAUCAAAAAAGAAAUAGUCACUUCGGAAGGUAUGUUUGUUCAAUCAUAUUCAUUUAAUCUCUCAUCGCUUCAUCACUUAAGAUGA